AUGAAGGCAUUUCGAUUGGCAACCGGAACGACAUUCAAAUCCAAUUAUCAAGCCUCUUCCCUACCAAGAAUACUCGCCAGAACAUACGCCAUGGCCCCAAACCAGAGCAUACCACCCCUGAACGACCCAUCUCUCUUCAAGCAAAAUGUAGCCUAUGUCAAUGGAGAAUGGAUCAAAGCCAAGUCUGGGAAGACCUUCGAGGUCCUUGACCCAUCGACUGGCAAACUGAUAGGAACAUGCCCUGAAUUCGAGAAGUCCGAUGCCGAUAGUGCCAUCGCGCACGCCGCUGCCGCUUUCCCUUCCUUUCGCCAGACGACAGCCCGCCAACGGGCACGCAUGCUACACAAAUGGUACCAAUUGGUGAUGGACAACCAGGAAGACUUGGCAAAACUCAUAACGUGGGAGAAUGGCAAGCCAAUGACCGAUGCUAAGGGCGAGGUGGCAUACGCAGCGAGCUUUUUUGAGUGGUUCAGCGAAGAAGCCCCGAGGGCGGACGGCGACACAAUACCAGCCAGUAUACCCGGCAACAGGGUCUUCACGAUGAAAGAGCCGGUUGGCGUGUGCGGUCUCAUAACGCCAUGGAACUUUCCAGCAGCUAUGAUAACCCGAAAGAUCGGUCCUGCUUUGGCAGCGGGCUGCACUGUCGUUGCGAAAUCACCGGGUGAAACACCCUUCACAUCUCUUGCUCUCGCUGAACUGGCAGAGCGCGCCGGCAUCCCCAAAGGUGUCAUCAAUGUUAUCAGCGCUAUGGAAAAUACAGUCGAAAUUGGGAACGCCUUGACCUCGAGCCCCACCGUUCGCAAAGUUUCCUUUACCGGCUCUACUAAUGUCGGCAAGCUGCUUAUGAAGCAGUCCGCCGAUACUCUCAAGAAGCUGUCUUUCGAGCUCGGCGGUAAUGCUCCCUUUAUUGUCUUCGAUGACGCAGACCUCGAAAUCGCUGUCAAUGGCGCUAUUGCUUCUAAGUUUCGCAGCUCGGGGCAGACUUGCGUCUGCGCGAACAGGAUCUACAUACAAAAAGGCAUCUACGACAAAUUUGCCUCUGCUUUUACUGAGAAGGUCAAAGGCUUCAAGGUUGGCGGUGGUUACGACGAGGGCGUCACCCAUGGCCCCUUGAUCCACGACCGCGCUGUUAGCAAAGUUGAGGCUCAUGUGAGAGACGCUGAGAAGAAGGGCGGUAAGGUUACUGUUGGUGGCCAGAAGAUGCCCAAGCUCGGGUCAAACUUUUUCGAGCCGACGGUCAUUACGGGUAUGAACAUGGAUAUGCAGCUGGCUUCUGAAGAAACUUUUGGGCCUGUGGCUGGUCUAUUUCCGUUUGAGACGGAGAAAGAAGUCGUGGAUAUGGCGAACAUGGCCGAAGUUGGCUUGGCAGGAUACUUUUUCAGCAACGAUUUGCGUAGAGUUUAUCGGGUUGCUGAGGCUCUGGAGGUGGGGAUGGUGGGUGUCAAUACGGGGUUGAUCAGCGAUCCCGCUGCUCCCUUUGGUGGUGUGAAGCUGAGCGGGUUCGGACGGGAAGGCAGCAAGUACGGUAUCUCCGAGUACCAGAUCACCAAGAUGGUGACGCUGGGUGGUAUGGGACAGCCACUGCAAGGAUCUUGA